AUGUGGUUAAAAUGUGAAUUUAAAGAUGAUGGAAAUAAUCAACAAAGAAGUGUCAGGAGUGACCAGCCAAGAGUUAUUUCAAAAAAUGGCAAUUUGAUAUUUCAAACUGGCAAUCUAAGGAAUAUUGAAUUCAAGACAUCAGCACUUGGGAAGAUUAAACUAAAUAACGAUGACGUUGAACAAUUAUUUCUGCAGAUUAGGAAAAAUAAAGAUGACAUUGCAGAACUGAGAACUACCGAAGUUCAAAGCCUUCAGAAUGUUUCUUAUCAAAUCAAUCAGCUGAACAAAAGGGGACCUACUUGUUCUGAUGAUAUAAAUGAAUGUGAGGUCUAUGCAGGAUCAUCCCUAGCCUGCCAGAAUGGAGGGACGUGCAUUAACACAGAAGGCAGCUACAGUUGUACCUGUACUCCAGAAUGGUAUGGUCCACAAUGUACUUCCAAACAUGAUGAUUGCCAAGAUGGCUUGCAAACAAAAUGUGAACAUGGCAUCUGCAUUGAUUUAAACAGGGUUCAGCCAAAUAAGACCAAGUACCAUUGCAUCUGUGAAGCAGGGUGGAGUCAGUCUACUGCAGGUUCAGCCUGUAGUUCUGAUAUUGAUGAAUGCAGCCUUCCUGUACAACCCUGCUCAACAAAUCCACUAGUGCCAUGCUUCAAUUCCCCAGGUUCUUACUCUUGUGGGACCUGCCCAGAAGGCUGGUUAGGAGAUGGUCACAGCUGCCAGGAUAUUGAUGAGUGCAAAACCAAUAAUGGAGAAUGUUCUCAAGCUCCAAUUGUUCAAUGCAUUAAUACAAUGGGAUCUUACCAUUGUGGUUCAUGUCCAACCGGCUAUCAAGGUGAUGGGAAAAACUGCACUCUUAGUGAUGUAUGCUCAGUGAACAAUGGAGGAUGUCAUCACUUUGCAUCAUGUUCUUACAAUCCAGGUGCCAUCUUUCCUAGUUGUACUUGUCCAGCUGAUUAUUUUGGAAAUGGCUAUGGAGUCAAUGGCUGCAUUCCUCUGAUUGAUCUUUGCCAACGCAGCAAUCCAUGUGUGAAUGGGCAAUGUUUUGCCAUAUUUUCAAGUUACAUAUGCAUUUGCCAUCCAGGAUGGACUGGCACCCAUUGUAAUCAGAACAUUGAUGAGUGUGCCAGUAACCCAUGCAAGAAUGGAGGAAACUGUACUGACGGCAUCAAUAGUUACUCUUGUACUUGCACACAAGACUGGACAGGACCAGAGUGCCAGCUGCCACAAGGUAAAAUGAUAAAAGUAAUAGUUAAAGAUUUUUUUGCUUACGUUAAGCUCUCUGUUGUGGACCAAACUUUACAGAUUGCAUCUUUUACAUCUUUUCUUUUUUUAGUCUGUAGCAGUCAUCUCAAUGAAACCUAUGGUGUUAUAAGUUCACCGGGUUAUCCAGGCAACUACCCACCCUACACAGACUGCUAUUGGACCAUUUCAGCCAAUCCCAACUUCCUGAUUAAUUUCGCUUUUGGACGCCUUCACAUUGAACCCCAUGAGAAUUGCAGCUUUGACUACCUAGAGAUUAGAGAUGGAUUGCUGGACCAGGAUCCCAUCCUUCACAAAUACUGUGGCAAUGAAAACCCUCCCCCUCUCCUGACAUCUGGCCCUGCUGCAUGGAUUCAUUUCCACAGUGACAAAAGUAACAGUGGACAAGGGUUUUAUGUCACAUACAUUACAUUACCUGCUGAACCUGACUGCGGAGGAACAUAUGGAGAUAGUGAAGGAAUUCUUACCUCUCCCAAUUGGCCUCGUCCAUAUCCUAGCAGCAGACAGUGCAUCUAUGUUAUAGAACAGCCCAUAGGAGAGCGCAUUCUUCUUCAAUUCACACAUAUGGAUUUGGAAUUCCAUGUCAACUGUUCCUUGGACUAUAUAGAGGUUCAUGAUGGUGAAGCAGAGACAGAUCAUCUAAUUGGAAAAUUCUGUGGUACUGAAGCCCCAGCCCCGAUUACCACAAGCGGCAAUAAAUUGUGGCUUAAAUUUAAAACAAGUGUUUCUGUCACAAGAAGAGGUUUUGUGGCUGUAUAUAAAGUUGCAUGUGGUGGCACUCUUUAUAAUAAGGGAGUGAUUCAGUCACCUUAUUAUCCUGAACUGUACCCACAUGACAGAAGCUGUAAAUGGGUUAUCACCCAACCUGAAGGACAAGUAGUUUCCCUCAAGUUCAUUUCCUUUGAUGUUGAGGAAGCUGUAAACUGUAGCCAUGACUACUUAGAGAUCAGAGAUGGUGCUACUAUAGAUUCUCCACUCAUUGGAAAAUUUUGUGGGGGUGUGCUUCCACCACCGGUACAGUCAGUACAGACAUCAAUGUACGUCAUGUUUAAGAUGGAUUCUAAAAAGGCUAAUAAUACUGGAUUUCAAGCUGAGUAUGAACCUGCCAAGAAAGGAUGUGGUGAGGUUCUGACACAAUCAAUAGGUACCAUUACAAGUCCUGGAUAUCCACAUGGUGGCAAAUGUAUCUGGUAUAUUUCAGUUCAGGCUGGACAAGUUAUCCGCUUGACAUUCAUUUCCUUUAAUGUUGAAUUUAGCAUGAACUGCAGCAAGGAUUACAUGGAAGUGUACGAUAACAGUAUUAAUUUCAGCAGACUAAUAGGAAGGUAUUGCGGAAUGUCUGUCCCUCCUUCUAUAACCAGCAGUGGCAAUUUGAUGAGACUUCUUUUUGUGACUAAUUCAAACACAUCAAGUAAGGGAUUCCUAGCAACGUAUGAUUCCCUUGACACAUCAAAGGUAUGUAGGAAAGAAUUCUUUGAAUCCACUGGCACAUUUACAUCUCCAAACUAUCCAAGUGGCUUCUCCAUUUAUCGAGAAUGUAUCUACAUAAUUACUGUGGAAGACAAUAAGCAAAUUCGGCUCAACUUUACCGACUUCAAAGUGGAAGGAUAUCAGACUUGUACUUCUGCCUAUGUUGAAAUUAGAAAUGGCGGAUAUGAAACAUCUCCUUUGGUUGGUCAGUACUGUAGUGCAAAAGCCCCACCGCUCAUCAUAUCCCACAGCAACAGACUAUGGAUUAAAUUUAAAUCAGACAAUAUUUUUGAAUACCAUGCAUUCAUGGCUUACUGGGACGGUAAUUCUUCAGGCUGUGGAGGAACCCUCACAACAGCAACUGGUAGUUUUACCUCUCCCAAUUAUCCAAUGCCAUAUUCAAAUAAUGCAGAAUGCUACUGGCUAAUUCAAAGCAGUGCAGGAAGUGUGAUUGAGCUACAAUUUGAACAAUUCCAUUUGGAUUCCAGCACUGGAUGCAUGACUGAUUCUUUAUCUGUUUAUAAUGGAAUAAAUACAAAUUCUCAAAUUUUGGCCAAAUUGUGUGGUAAUCAGACUCCAGCACCAAUCCUUUCUUCCAAAAAUAACAUGUACAUAAAACUCCAAACUGACAGUUCAUUAACAGCAGGAGGAUUUCUUGCUAAAUAUAGACACAUUUGCCAAGGCAUAAUCAUUGCAAAUCAUAGCAAGGGGAUUUUGGAAAGUACAAACUUUCCUCAGCCUUAUCCACCUAAUCAAGACUGCAACUGGACUAUACAGGCAACAGCUGGAAGCACAAUCAACUACACCUUCACUGCCUUCAAUCUGCACUUUGACUAUUGUAAUUCAGCUUGGCUUAAGCUAUAUGAUGGAUCCAGUGCCCAGUCUCAUCUUAUCGGUACUUUCUGUGGGAAUACUUUGCCGCCAUCAGGAAAAACCUCUGGUACCAGUCUGCAUGUGGCAUUUCAUUCAGAGUCCAGUUUUCCAGGCAAUGGAUUCCAGAUGUUGUGGUUUCAGAAUGGUUGUGGUCGGAUUGUUACAGCACCAAAAGGAGAGAUCCACUCACCAAACUACCCUCAUCCUUAUGGGAUUAAUGUGGAUUGUUCCUGGGUCAUCAGUGUGGAUAAGUACUACAGCAUCUUCCUCAACUUUUUGGACUUUGACCUUGGAGAUCAAGAAUCAUGUAAUUUUAACUACGUAGCUGUUUAUGAUGGUUCAAACGAAGGAGCCCCCAUGUUGAAAAAGCUGUGUGGAAGCAUAGUUCCAGAAGGGAUCACCUCCAGUCAAAAUGUAGCCCGUAUACAUUUUCGCUCACGAAACAGUCAUGACCAUAGAGGGUUCAGGGUGCAGUUUAAUCAAGUGUGUGGGUCCUAUAUUGUUACCGAUGAUAUUGGUGGAGCUAUAACAUCACCUCUAUAUCCCAACAACUAUUCAAACAAUCAGAACUGCAGCUGGAUAAUUCAAGCUCAGAAACCAUUUAAGCAUGUUACAAUCUCGUUCACUGACCUUGCAAUUGAAAACAAUGGGGCAAACUGCUCAGCUGAUGUUUUGCAAAUCCUGGAUGGAGACAAACUUACGGCACCUUCAGUUGGUCGUUACUGUGGAAAUACAAUCCCUUAUGCAACCACAUCAUCCAGUAAUGCCUUAUUUGUCAAUUUCAUCUCUAAUGAUGUCAUCUCAUUCAGAGGCUUCCGAGCAACCUAUGCUGCAUCAGCAUCAGCCUGUGGUGGGACGUUUCACAUGCAAUUUGGAGCUUUCAGUAGUCCUAACUAUCCUGAAAACUAUCCAUCCAAUAGUGAAUGCAUCUGGUAUAUCAUCAGCUCUCCUGGUAAUCGUGUCCAAAUCUCUUUCAUAAGUUUUGAUAUUGGAAAUAGCUUCAACUGUUCCUUGGAUUAUGUUGAGAUUCGAGAAAUGAAUGCCACUGGAGAACUAAUCGGACAUUUCUGUGGCUCUGCUUUACCUGCAAAUUGUACAUCAGUUGUUGGACACAUUCUGUGGGUAAAAUUUGUUUCUGGUCCAUCAUCGAAUCAUUCUGGAUUCAGUGCCAGUUUUUCUCAUUUGUAUGGCAAUGAAAUCGUAGGCAUCCAAGGACAAAUUGCAUCUCCAUUAUGGCCACUGUAUUACCCACACAAUGUCAACUACCAUUGGACAAUUACUGCUCCAGCAUUCUAUAUCAUCCAUGCCAGAAUUCAAGAGUUGGAUAUCAAUGCACUUCAUGAAUGCAGAUUUGAUAAGUUAUUGUUCUAUGAUGGUUCCAAUAUUCAUGCACGUCUUAUUGGAAAAUUCUGUGGCUCUGAACUGCCUCCAGCUGUGACCUCCACUGGAAGCACCCUAACAGUUCAGUUUAUCAGUGACUCAACAAUAACUGGGAAAGGUUUCCUGAUUGAAUGGUUUGCAGUGAGAUAUAUUGCUGACCCAACAGCAACACCAACUCUCCAACCUGGUUCAUGUGGUGGAGUUGUUGUGACUGGGGAGAGCCCGACUUUCCUUUUCUCACCAGGCUGGCCCAGUAAUUACGGAGCACACUUGGACUGUGCUUGGAUCAUUUGGGCACCACAGAGCACAGUAGAAUUGAACAUCUUGGCUCUAGAUAUUGAGCUAGAUACACGUUGUAGAUAUGAUAAGCUAGUCAUCAGGGAUGGUGACAAUAACCUCUCUCCAAUACUUGCCACUUUGUGUGGCAGAGGGUUACCUGGAACCCUUCGAUCAACUGGAGAAACAAUGUUCCUUCGAUUUACAUCUGAUGAAAGUUCGAGUGGUGGUGGAUUCAAUGCUUCUUAUCAUAAGACCUGUGGAGGCCAUGUUACUGCAGAUCAUGGUGUUAUUUCUUCACCCUACUAUCCUCACGCAUACACUCCAAACCUAAAUUGCACUUGGCGUGUUGAUGUAACCAGUGGGUUCAUUAUUGCUAUCCAUUUCAAUCAGCCAUUCCAGAUUAAAGGUUCUGGCACAAACUGCACAUAUGGCGAUUAUUUAGAAUUAAAGAAUGGACCUGAUAAGUUUUCCCCACCUUUAACCUCCCAUGAAGGGAUCGGACGCUAUUGUGGUGAGAGCCCUCCUAUCAUAAUGCACACCACAGACAAUCAACUCUUUGUGCACUUCACUUCUGAUGAAAGUAAUGAGGGGCAGGGAUUCAAGUUCACUUAUCAUGCUUCAAAUCUUGCUUGUGGUGGAAACAUUUUUAUUUCUGAUUCUGAUGAUAUUGGGUACAUUACCUCAAUGAAUUACCCCAAUGAAUAUUCAGAGAACAUAGACUGUAUCUGGACUAUCACUGUCCGAAGUGAUGAUGCAGUUCAGCUUGAUUUUGAAAGUGACUUCUACAUUGAAAAUCAUCCUGAAUGCAACUUGGAUUACCUGGAGCUGCGUGAUGGAGCUAAUUCAAAUGCUCCACUGAUUGGGCACUUCUGUGGAUCUACUAAGCCAUCUAGUCAAAGAUCUACAGGCACAGUCAUGUAUGUGAGAUUCCAAACUAACAGCGCUUUGAACUAUGUGGGAUUCAAAGCCAAAUAUUCAAUAGUUACUUGUGGUGGAAAGAUAUCUGCACAGAGUGGAACUCUUCAGAGCCCCAGGUUUCCUUCACUUUAUCCAGAUAAUUCUCACUGUGAAUGGUUUCUGGAGGGACCCACAGGUCAUUAUCUUACCAUUACUUUUGAGGUAUUCAAUGUGGAAAAUGCAACCAAUUGUACCAAAGACUUUGUGGAAAUUCGAGAACAUAAUGCUAGUGGGCGUUUGCUGGGGAGAAACUGUGGCAACACAUUACCUCGCACCAUGGAAACUUCAGACAGCUUUGCCUAUGUUGUCUUCAGCAGUGAUGCAUCUGUCAAUGACACAGGGUUCAGUCUGCACUUUGUAGCCAGCAUUGAAGAGUGUGGAGGUGAAAUGACUGCAGGGACGGGAACUAUCAGCUCUCCAAACUACCCACACUUAUACCCUCACAGUCGGGAAUGUCAAUGGAGAAUUACUGUACAAGUUGGACGGAGAGUGACACUGACCUUCAAUGAUCUUCGACUGGAAAUGCAUAAUAAUUGCAACUAUGAUUAUGUUGAAAUAUACAAUGGAUUUCAUCCCAAUUCUCCCAGAUUGCAGAAAUAUUGUGGCAUUGUUGAGAGUGGCACGCAAGUGAAAUCGUCUGGAAAUACCAUGCGAGUUGUUUUUGUAACUGACAUGUCAACUUCAAAUGGAGGGUUUAAUGCCACAUAUACCUCAGAGGAGGAAGCAGUGUGUGGAAGUACCUUAAUGGACGCAAAUCCUGGGUACUUAAGUUCUCCAGGGUUUGAUGGUGUAUCCAACUACGGAAAUAACCUUAACUGUGAAUGGGUCAUCCAGAAUUCCCGCAUUGCAAAUUCUUCCAUUUAUAUAGAGUUCACCAAUUUUCACAUUGGACAUCAGCAAACUUGCAAACAAGACUACAUUGAAAUCCAAAUUGGAGAUUCUAAUGGCGAUUUAAUUGCCAAGCUUUGUGGACAGACUGCUCCAAAUCCACUGCUGAUCCCCUUCACCCAAUUAUGGGUUCACUUCAUAUCUGAUUCAAGUGGGCAAAAUCUCGGUUUUAUUGCCAAAUAUAGCUUCACGGAAUGUGGUGGCAUUCAGAAAGGGGAAAAUGGAUUCAUUUCGAGUCCCAACUUCCCAUCACCAUACAGUCCUUUGACCCACUGCGCGUGGAUGCUGGAAGCUCCAGAAGGGCAAACCAUAAAUCUGAACUUCAGUUACUUCAACUUGACAUGCAACAGGGACUCUUUUACAAUCUUGAACGGUGGUUCCUUCAACUCCCCAAUCAUAGGCCAUUAUUGUGGCACCAUUCCAGCUGAAGCAAUUAAAUCUGGCUCAAACAAGCUAUUCAUCAUCUUUAAUUCUAACUACAGCAUGCAACAUGGCAGUUUCUUCGCUACCUGGAAGUCUGAUUCACUAGGUUGUGGUGGCUUUGUUCAUGCAGAGACUGGCUCUUUCAAAUCACCAAACUGGCCACAGAGAUUUCCUGAUAAUAGUGAAUGUACAUGGAAGAUUACAGGUCAAGAGAGCAAUCACCUUGAGAUUACUUUUGAUGAGAAUUUCCAGAUUCCAGACAGCACAAAUAUCUGUGAGGCCAGCUAUGUGAAGAUUUGGGGAGGAACUUCUGAAAUUGAUGAAACCUUGUUGGCGACUUUUUGUGGAAGCUCUCCUCCACCUCGCCCUGUCAUUGCACCAGCUAAUAUUGUGACAGUCCGAUUUCAGUCUAAAGGCAGCCCUGGAAUUGGCUUCUCAGCGUCCUACACCAGCAGAUGUGGAGCCAAUUUUACUGCUCCUGCUGGACGUAUUGUGUCGCCUAACUACCCAGGCCAUUAUGACUCUAACCUAAACUGUGAAUACCUGAUCAAUGCUGCCAGUCAUCAGCUCACUGUUCUACAAUUUGAGACAUUCGAUGUAGAAGAGGAUUCGCAAUGUUCCUAUGAUAAAUUGAAGAUAUACAAUGGGACUACAGUAAAAGGAUAUCAUGUUGCUACUCUUUGUGGUUCUGUCAUCCCUGGUCCAAUCAGUAUCUACGGCCCAAUGCUAUUGGUCUUCAGUACAGACAGUAUAAAGGCACAUACUGGAUUUGUGGCAAACUAUCAUUUAGUCUCCUGUGGAGGCAGAUUCCACGGAUCAACUGGGACUCUCACCAGCCCGAUUUACUCACUCAGUCAAUACGGCAGUAUGAACUGUACAUACCACAUCACUGUUGGAGUGAACAGGAUUGUAAAAAUUAUAUUCGAUGAAUUUAACCUUGAUGCUUCAUCAACAUGUACUUCUAACUACGUGGCAGUCUACAAUGGUCCAAGUACUUUUGCACCACUUUUAGGCCAAUUCUGUGGCUCAGAAAAUCCUCCUAUUCUAAGGAGCACCAACAACUCCAUAUUCCUUGUGUUCAAAACAAAUGGCAUUCAUACUUAUGGAGGAUGGAGAGCUUCAUAUACUGAGACAUUAGGUUCCUUUGCGUACUAUCAUGAUAUAGAAAUAUAUUGCCAUUCCUUCUUCACUAAAUCCUGCAAGUCCCCUCCCAAUAGCACCGUGACAGUACUUCCAGCAGAGGCACCCCAGUGGUUCGAGGUGGUGGCUCCCCAGCAUGACCUCGAGACUGAUUUUGGACAGGUUUAUCGACUCUGUGGUUCCAAUCUAACUGCUGCAGAUUUCUAUUCUUAUGGCCGCACAAUCAGGAUUGAUUCCAAAUCGAAAGCAUAUCUGCAGGGAAAUAAAUUUCAGCUAACAUACCAAGUUGCAGGUUGUAACAGACAAUAUAACCAUACAUAUGGUUAUCUGAAGAGUCCUGACUGGUCCAACAUCUAUCCACAUAAUUUAGAUUGUACAAUCAUCCUGAGAGCCCCAGACAAUUACAAGAUCUCCCUCUUCUUUAAUGCACUGGAUAUCAAAGGCCAAGAUCAAUGCAGCAAUGACUACUUAGAGGUACGAAAUGGUACAGACAGUCACGGGCAAGUGCUUGGGAAGUUUUGUGGUGCAAUACUACCUGAUCCUGUAUUUCCCAAUUUUCAUGGACUUACACUGCAUUUUUAUAGCGAUGCUCCAGCAACUCACAGUGGGUUUGAGAUCACCUGGACAUCUUCUCCAAAUGGUUGUGGUGGAACACUCCUUGGCCCUAGAGGUUCUUUUAAUAGUCCUAAUUAUCCUUCCACCUAUGACAUAAAUACAGACUGUGAGUGGAUAAUUGAGGCACCAACAGGACGAGUAAUAACAAUAAACUUCACAGUCUUUAAUAUUAAUGAUCCUGGUGACUGUGUCCAAAAUUACUUAAGGCUGUUUGAUGGACCAGAUUCCAAUUCACCACAUGCAGGCACAUACUGUGGACUGGGAAAAAACAUUGCUCCUUUCAUUUCUGCAUCUCAUCAUGUGUUUGUGAAAUUCCAUGCUGAAACUGUGGCUAAACCAUCUGGAUUCAGAAUAACUUGGACGAGUUCAAUGGAUUUGUGACGAAUAAAUUAUCACACAAAACAUGUAUCAGAUUACCAUCAUUUUAUUGAACUUAAAUUGUUUGAAUAAAAAUUGUGAAGUAAAUAAUUUGAGUGUUGGCCAAAGAAAAAUUUGUUCACAAAUCUAGCUUUACAUUAGUUACAAGUGUGAAAUAAUACUUCAUUUGAAGCAAGACUAGUGCUUUUUAUGAUGCCAUUUCGAGAAUGUUAUUCUAAAUAAUACAAUGUUAAUGUUACUUUAGAAGGAAAACAGAACAAGAGAGAAUAAAGGAAUCAGACACAUGACAAAAUUUAUAUGUAAACUUUAGGAGUAAAUUAAUGACAGUAAUUUGCUUAAGGGAAAAUGGAUAUUACAGUCUAUUAGUUGAAAAGAAUUUCAGCUUAAUUUUUUGGAAUGCAAUAUUAUGUAUGUAAAAUUGGAAUGAACUUUCCUCAAUACUGGCAAAUUUUUUUAUGUUAAAAUAAAGUUUUGACUGAGUAUUACAAUGAUUAAUAAAGAGAAUCAUUUUAUGAAUGGUUACCACAAGUAUUAUUUGUAUCAAUGUCUAAUAACAAGUCUAUGAAAAGAAAAUGAAAAAAUUGCCAGCAUGUAUUUAGAUUUUAAUAUGGUUUUCUUUGAAGGGAUAAAAUGAAUAUUGUGUCAUUGUUGGAAACCAGAAUUCUAAGUCAGAUAACACAGAUUUUUCUCAGUAGCAGUGUUCUAAUGAGCAGGUUGAUGGAUGUCCUUAGAUCUGAAUAUAUUUCUAUGUUUCAUAGUUAUGCAUGAAGUAUGAAGCAAACAGUCUGCUGUUCUUGGGGGGGGGGGAGGAAGGAAGGAAUGAAUUGACUGCAGGAGUUUAAAACAAAGAUCUAGAUCAGUAAUUGAAGGAAACCAAGCCAAGGAUGCACCAACACUGCCCAGUCCCUUUGUGCCAGACACAUCCAGAGAGGUUUUAUUGAUCCGCUGAGAAAAAGAAGCAGCAAGUCUCAGGAGGUUAGGAAAGAAGAGAUAACUGAAACAUGAAGGGCAGAGAUUGUCUUUACAGUGGAAGAGCUGUAUGGCCCCAGGUGAGACAGUUAUUAUUGGAACAUAAAAAUAUCCAUUGACUAUUCAGUCUCUUAAACCAGACACUGUUCAAUUAAAUUUUUGACGAAGAUUUAUCAAACUUCUUUUAUCCUUGGUUCAUCCAUUUCUUUGAUGCCCUUAUCCAAUAAAGAUCUGU